CCCGCACUUCCCGGCGCCCCCCUCUCUGGGCCCCGCCCCCGCGCCCGUGGCUCCGCUCUUCCUGACCAAGCUUCCGUCACGUCCAGGCCCCGCCCACUGUGGCCCCGCCCCCGCCCCGGCCCCGCCCCCCCGCGCCCCGGACAUGCCUGGGCAGCGGGUGGUUCUCCAGCACUUGGCCACCCUGUGCUCGCAGCUGCUCGUGGUCGGCGCCCUGGUGACGCGAGGACACUUAGAAGCCAGGGACUCAAACCACCAACACGGCUCUAUUCCAGCUCCCUGUUUGGGGUCUCAAGGCCCUUUUCAGUUUAUAGUAUAGUCUCUUUAAUAGAAAAUCAUGGAAGCGAGACAGUAUUUUCUGAAUUCUCUUUUCCUGUGGUCAUCUGUUACCCUUAUUAUCAGGUGCGUGGGAGAAUGGACAACACCUGUGAAAUGAACUACAAAGUGGUGGACAGCCCGCUGGGGGAGAUUGAGAUCUCUGCCUGUGAGCAGGGUGUGCAUGAGAUCAGGCUGCACGGCAGGAAGACCCCCGACGCCGGAGCCAUGGAGGCCCCCCCUCUUCCUGAGCUGCUCGGCUGUCCAGGGGAAAUGACGGCGCCCCUGAAGCAGUGCGUGGCCUGGCUGGAUGCCUAUUUCCAUGAGCCGGCGGCCCUCAAAGACCUCCCCUUGCCUGCGAUUCACCAUCCCGUUUUCCAGCGAGAUUCGUUCACCAGACAGGUGUUGUGGAAGCUGCUGAAGGUUGUCAGACUCGGAGAAACGGUUUCUUACCGGCAAUUAGCAGCCCUGGCAGGCAGGCCCCGAGCAGCACGGGCAGUGGGCGGAGCGAUGAGGACCAAUCCUCUUCCCAUCCUCAUCCCGUGCCACAGAGUGGUCUGCAGCAGUGGAGCCAUGGGCAACUACUCCGCAGGCCGGGCCACCAAGGAGUGGCUUCUCGCCCACGAGGGCCGCCUGGCAGAGAAGCCGAGCUGUCCGGGAGGCCCCCGUGGGGGUGGCAUCCCCCGCCCCCAGCCUGCUGGCGGAACGGAGGACUUGUGGGAGUAAAUACUUGAGUGACACAUAAAGGUUCUAGCACAUUGGAGGUGGUCUGUGCGGUAUUAAAAGAACUGAACGUGUCCUGGGGGA